AAUUUGGUUUUCUGCUGCUCACUUGACUUAGACCAAGUUUCCCUUAUUCCUUAUAAUAGAGUUGAUGCGUUUAUAAUCGGCGAGUGCUCUAAUGUGUUGUGCCCAACUCGGUUUCAUAUCGAUAGAGGAAGGAGACGAAUUAUUGGCACCUUGAAGGAGUACAAAGGAUGACAGAUAUAUUGAGUAUAGGCUUUAUCUUCAUCAUCACCGCCGCCAUCAUAACUACCGCGGCGGCAUCACCACUUGCUCUUACGUUGGAAAGAGCUUUUCCGUCGAAUAACGGAAUUGACUUGGACCAACUACGAGCUAGAGACACGACCCGACAUGGUAGAAUUCUCAAGUCUUCAAAAGAUGUUGUUUACUUUGAUGUUUAUGGUAACUCCCAGCUUCCACUCGUCGGAUUAUAUUAUACAAACAUAUCAUUGGGUACUCCUCCGGUUGAAUUUCACGUCCAGAUUGACACCGGAAGCGAUGUUACCUGGGUCAGUUGCAGCUCAUGCAAUGGUUGUCCACAGACAAGUAGACUGGAGAUUGAGCUCAAAUUUUUUGAGCCUAAACAUUCAUCAACCUCGUCCUCAAUCCCUUGUUCUGACCAAAGGUGCAAUACUGGAACCUGUCAGAACAAUCAGUGUUAUUACAAUCUUAAGUAUGGAAUUGAUGGUGGACCAUUGCUUGCCACGUCUGGUUAUUACAUGUCAGAUCGACUACAUUUGCACACUAUUUCCGAAGGAGCUGUGACAAAAAUUUCUUCAGCUCCUAUUGUUUUCGGGUGUAGUAACUAUAGGAGUGGAUACCUUUCCGAAUCUGAGAAAGCACUCGAUGGAAUAAUCGGAUUUGGCCACCAAGAUAUUUCGGUUAUCUCUCAGCUUUCCGCGCAAGGGGUUACUCCUAGAGAAUUCUCCCAUUGUCUGAGAGGAGACAUCGCUGGUGGAGGAACUUUGGUCAUGGGCGAAAUCGUAGAGGUUGAUAUUGUGUAUACAUCGCUUGAUCUAUCAAAGUAA